CUACUGACCAUCGCUUCAAUUUUUACUUUAUCAUUAUAUGUAUAAAUGUUGUGUGCUUUAUAUGGGACUUUAUGUCAUUUUUCAUGGGGGAGUUCCAAGUACUGAGUAUUUAUUCUAAAUUCUAAGUAUAUGAUAAGAAGUAAUAAAAGCUAUUUAUUGGGUUUCCGGAGGUGAAAUGAGUCGCCACGAAGGUGUUAGCUGUGAUGCUUGUCUGAAAGGCCACUUUAGGGGCCGUAGAUAUAAAUGUCUGGUGUGCUUCGACUACGACCUAUGUGCUGCAUGUUAUGAAGAAGGGGCAACAAAUUCCAGGCACACUACUGACCACCCAAUGCAGUGUAUAUUGACUAGGUCCGAUUUUGAAUUGUAUUAUGGAGGAGAGGCUCUGACUAGCCUAGAGCUUCCACAAUCAUACACAUGCCCUUAUUGUUCUAGAAUGGGGUUCACAGAUGUUACUUUACAAGAACAUGUUACUUCUGAUCAUCAAGAUACAAAUUUCGAAGUUGUUUGUCCUCUGUGUGCAGCAAUGCCUGGUGGUGACCCCAACUUAAUGACUGAAGAUUUUGCUGGUCAUUUGACUCUCGAGCAUCGUACUGGCCCAAGGGAUCUGAUAUCCUUUUUAGAUGAACCUGUAGGAUCUAGACAUACUGUUAGAAGAAUACCUCAUAACAGCAACCAUGCUACUACUCAUUUAAGCCGAGGAGGGACUGCAUUGAGACCUAGAAGAAGCAAUAUGCAUUUUAGGAUGGACAUGCAAUUUGGUGUUUUUAGUUCUGGCGGAUUAUCUUCUUUGUCACCGUCAUCCAGGGAAUCUGUUGAUCCUAUUGCUGAACUGCUAUCCCAACUGUCAGGUGUUCGUCGUUCAGCGAGCAACACUAACAGCAGUACUCCAACGCAGCUUCAACAGCUCCAAAUGCAGCUCCAACUAGAACGUCAGCAGGUCAAUGCUGCCAGACAGCAGCUGGAGAGAUUCCCUAGGAGACAGGCCGCCAAUCAGACCCUCAGAGAGCCGAGUAUCUCCAACUGUGGUACUUCCACUAUGAUGUUGAAUGCUUCUCCUGUCAUGGUUGCGCCUUCUGCCAAUGCACCUGCUCAGCCAUCUUACUCUUCACAGUUUCUCUUAACUAGUCUUCUUGAAGAGCUGGCUCAGAAAAGUAGCAAUGACACAAUCCGCAUGGAGCGUAGUUGCUUUGUUGAAGAACUGGUCUCAGCAACUGCAGUACAAGUACCAAGCUCUGAGCACCUAUUGAAAUUGAUACCUGAGUUGGACAAGUUAAAACUCGAAGACAAGGCUGAGGAAGAAGAGAAACCUGAUAAACCUCAAAAGGAAGAAGAGGCAUCAGCGCGUCCUCCUAGUACUCCGAACGCCCCUAAGGCUGUGCUCAGGGGCAGGGCCAGGUGCGACCCCCAAAACGCCAAACGCAGGGCUGAGGCCAAUAAGAGAAAUGGGGCCGAUGAUGCCGACAGAUAGUUGAUCACAGCUGAUUUAGUUGCAUAACCCGAUGUAUCCAAGCAGUACUGAAUACUUUGUUAUUUUCUCUUUCAGAAUCGUAAUAUUCAUUAGAGUGUUCUACAAGGUGUCUUAGAGUAUGUUGGGAGUCUUUUGGAUCCAUGCAGAACAGAAAAAAGUUGUAACAGGUUCCCAUACGGGAAUGCAGGCCCCUAUAGUACGCCACUGGAAAUUUGGAUAUUGGAAUCAAAUUGGUCAUUAUGCUGUAAAAAAACCUAAUUUCCGGUAGCAUUAGGGGACUGUGUUUCUGAAAGUCUUUCAGGACAGGUUUCACGAACUAGAACAGUAGCGCUGAAAAAAUGGUGAUCACGUAAACAUUUAUCUUUCAGCAGGAUAUCGAGUCUAGGCACACCACUUCAAAAACGAAAGAAUGGGUUACUUUGCAAUGUUGCUGCACAAUCCUCCAAACCUUGAAUAUCAAACCCAUUAAACAUUUGCGGUACUUGCUGGCCCUGAAAAAAUUAAAUUUCUGCGAAACGACAUCUACAAGAUCUUAUGCAGAAAUAAGACCAAAUUACGCCAGAAAUAAAAUGAUAAUAAAGUAUUAGCUGUAAAUAAAUUUUGUUGUUGUUUGUGUGCCAAUACUUUUUUGACCCUUGGAUUCCAUAACUCCUACUUAUUAUUCUAACAUUUGACUUUUUAACUUUUUUGAUCGACUGUAUUUUGCAUGAAUCCGGAAGAUUGUACAUAUAUUCUGGGUCACCUUGUAUAAAUUGUAAAUUGAAACAUACCAUCUUCAAAUCAGUUCAGUUUCAAACCACAAGUAUACUCUAUGAUUAGAAUGCAAAGUUGAUAACAGAGAGGAAAAUUAGAAAUCAGGCUCCUAAAAUAUCCACUUUAAUGUUUUGUAUUGUUACAAUAUUUUAAACACCAUGAAAGCUUGAUCUAGCUCGAAUAUUAGAACAUUGGAACAUGUUUUGAAGCGAUUUUUAAAAAACCACGAUUUUCCAAAAUAGCUCAAAUUUUAGAUCAUCGAAAGAACAUUCAUAGGAAGGUUUUGACUUGUAAUGAAAUCAUUCUUAUGUGUAUACAGUUUUUGCAUUUUUAAAAUUGCAUGAUUAUUGUGUUAGGAAUUAGGAUUUUAAUGUUCAUUUCCAUUGUUUACCUUAUAUUGUUCCUUUCCUUUUCAUAUUUUGAAUGUUUUUUUUUUGUUAAAUCUGAGUCAUAUGUUUAUUUGUAUUUUUUUUGCUCUGCAAAUAAAUGCUAUUAUUAUUAUAAAGGUAUACUUGUAAUAAUCGAUAUGUUGUAUUGACACUGUUGUCAUAAAAUUUUGAAAAUAUCUACCUGCUUGGAAAUUAUUGGGUUAUUUGUUUAAAUGUUAUUCAUGUGAUAGAUAUUUUGAUAUAACAUAAAACCAUGCUUUAAAAGUUCUUUUUUUAUGAAAUGUUCACUUAGUAGUUGCACAGUUGGAUUCCGUUGUCCUUGCUGUCAAUACUUUUCAUCUUACUCAUAGCUUUGCACUAUUUCGUUUGUCAUUUGAUUAAAAAGUUUGAAGUGUCCAUAAGAGUUUUAAUAUUCUCUUUAUGUAUUGCAAUGUCUAAGGAAUAUAUAUUAAUGGGGGCAUUA